CCUGCCUGUGACUUCUCACGUCCCAGGCCUUUUCCGCCAUCCAGUCCCUUCUCUCCUGAGAAGCUCCUUCCCGUUGGGAACAGCUGCUACCCACUCCUAGCCAGUGCAUUCUGCCCCCGAUCUCGCGCUGCAGGGAACAGAGGGGCAAACGAAGUCAAUCCAGCCAUGGCAACUCCCUCUGCUGCCUUCGAGGCCCUUAUGAACGGAGUGACAAGCUGGGAUGUCCCCGAAGAUGCCAUCCCCUGUGAACUCCUUCUUAUUGGAGAGGCCUCCUUCCCAGUGAUGGUGAAUGACAUGGGCCAGGUCCUCAUUGCUGCGUCCUCCUAUGGCCGAGGCCGCCUGGUGGUGCUGUCCCAUGAGGACUAUUUGGUGGAAGCCCAGCUCACUCCCUUUCUCCUUAAUGCAGUGGGUUGGCUUUGCUCUUCCCCUGGGGCUCCCAUUGGUGUACACCCAUCCCUGGCACCUCUGGCCAAAAUCCUCGAGGGCUCUGGGGUGGAGGCGAAGAUUGAGCCCGAAGUGAAAGACUCCCUGGGGGUUUACUGUAUCGAUGCCUACAACGAAACCCUGACUGAAAAGUUGGUCAAGUUUAUGAAACGCGGAGGGGGCCUGCUCAUUGGAGGCCAAGCCUGGGACUGGGCCAACCAGGGCGAUGACGAAAGGGUUCUGUUCACGUUCCCUGGGAACCUCGUGACCAGCGUGGCCGGCGUGUACUUCACUGACAACAAAGGAGACACUAGUUUCUUUAAAGUGUCUAAGAAGAUGCCCAAGAUUCCAGUCUUAGUUAGUUGCGAAGACGAUCUCUCCGAAGACAGAGAGGAGCUCCUGCACGGCAUUUCGGAGUUGGACAUCAGCAACUCGGAUUGUUUCCCGUCCCAGCUGCUAGUGCACGGCGCGUUAGCGUUCCCCCUGGGGUUAGAUUCCUACCACGGCUGUGUGAUAGCGGCUGCCCGCUAUGGCCGGGGCCGCGUGGUCGUGAUGGGCCACAAGGUAUUAUUCACCGUCAGUAAACUGGGCCCCUUCCUACUCAACGCCGUGCGCUGGCUGGACGCCGGCCGCCGAGGCAAGAUCGUGGUGCAAACCGAACUGCGGACACUGAGCGGCCUGCUCGCGGUGGGGGGCAUAGACACCAGCAUCGAGCCGAAUCUGACCAGCGAUGCGAGUGUCUAUUGCUUUGAGCCCGUGAGUGACAUGGAAGUCAAGGAGCUGCAGGAGUUUGUAGCGGAGGGCGGCGGGCUGUUCGUUGCAGCGCAGGCCUGGUGGUGGGCCUUCAAGAACCCCGGCGUGUCCCCUCUGGCUCGCUUUCCAGGAAAUCUUCUCCUCAACCUCUUUGGCAUCAGCAUCACAAGCCAAAGCCUCAAUCCAGGGCCCUUCCGUACGCCCAAAGCAGGGAUAAGGACCUAUCACUUCCGCUCCACCCUGGCCGAGUUCCAGGUUAUAAUGGGCAGGAAGAGAGGGAACGUGGAAAAGGGCUGGUUGGCAAAGCUGGGGCCGGAUGGCGCCGCUUUCCUGCAGAUCCCAGCAGAAGAGAUCCCUGCCUACAUGUCUGUGCACCGGCUCCUGAGAAAGCUGCUGAGCCGAUACCGGCUCCCAGUCGCCACCCGAGAGAACCCCGUCAUCAACGACUGCUGCAGGGGUGCUAUGCUGUCCCUGGCCACUGGUCUGGCCCACUCUGGAAGUGACCUCUCUCUGUUAGUCCCCGAAAUUGAAGAUAUGUACAGCAGCCCGUAUCUGCGCCCCUCGGAAUCUCCUAUCACUGUCGAGGUCAACUGCAACAAUCCAGGCACCAGAUAUUGCUGGAUGAGCACCGGGCUCUACAUACCUGGACGGCAGAUUAUAGAAGUCUCACUGCCUGAAGCUGCUGCCUCAGCUGACCUGAAGGUACAGAUCGGCUGCCACACUGACGACCUGACCAGGGCCAGCAAGCUAUUCCGAGGUCCGCUGGUGAUUAACCGGUGCUGCUUGGACAAGCCCUCGAAAUCGAUCACCUGCCUCUGGGGUGGCCUCCUCUACAUCAUCGUGCCGCAGAGCAGCAAGCUGGGGACCGUGCCUGUCACUGUGAAGGGGGCUGUGCACGCUCCAUACUACAAGCUGGGGGAGACAUCCCAGGAGGAGUGGAAGAGGCGCAUCCAGGAAAACCCAGGACCCUGGGGAGAGCUGGCCACGGACAACAUCAUCCUGACGGUGCCAACCGCCAACCUCCGCACCCUGGAGAAUCCUGAGCCGCUGCUCCGCCUCUGGGACGAGGUGAUGCAGGCCGUGGCGCGGCUGGGGGCUGAGCCCUUCCCGUUGCGUCUGCCUCAGAGAAUUGUCGCUGACGUGCAGAUCUCAGUAGGCUGGAUGCACGCAGGGUACCCCAUCAUGUGCCAUCUGGAGUCUGUGCAGGAGCUCAUCAAUGAGAAACUCAUCAGAACCAAGGGGCUGUGGGGCCCCGUCCAUGAGCUCGGCCGCAACCAGCAGCGGCAGGAGUGGGAAUUCCCACCACACACCACCGAGGCCACCUGCAACCUGUGGUGUGUGUACGUGCACGAAACGGUCUUGGGCAUUCCUCGAGGCCGUGCCAACAUUGCCCUGUGGCCCCCAGUUCGGGAGAAGAGAGUCAGAAUCUACCUGGGCAAGGGUCCUAAUGUGAAAAACUGGAAUGCAUGGACAGCACUGGAAACAUAUUUACAGCUACAGGAGGCCUUUGGUUGGGAGCCAUUCAUCCGUCUCUUCACUGAGUAUCGCAACCAGACCAACCUGCCCACAGACAACGUUGACAAAAUGAAUCUGUGGGUGAAGAUGUUCUCCCACCAAGUGCAGAAGAACCUGGCUCCCUUCUUUGAGGCCUGGGCCUGGCCGAUCCAGAAGGAAGUGGCUACCAGCCUGGCCUACCUGCCUGAAUGGAAGGAAAAUAUUAUGAAAUUGUACCUCCUCACACAGAUGUAAGGAGUGCCCAGCGAGGUGGCAGGCCCCACUGAAAUUGAAGUCAAGAAAUACAAAAGAAACAACUCAGCAAAGAAAACGGAAGGCAUUCGAUUAUAAGUGAAGAAGACCUCAACGCAUUUCUGGAAGAGAGAAAAUGGAUGAAGCAUGAAAAAGAAUGAGAGAGUGAAGGUACCUUUAAGACAGACUAUAAGCUGAUCUGAACAACAUAACCCUAGAGAGACUCGGGCACCUGAAUAGUCUGUCUACUAAAGGUUAUACUAGUUGUAAAAUUAAACCCCAUCCCAUUCUACUCCAUCUCUUGUGUACAAAAGACAGGCAAUCACCUAUUGGUACCAGUGAAAAAUGUGUUCUUGCUGUUGUUGUUUGUUGUUGUUUGUUGUUUGUUGUUGUUGUUUCUAUGAAGGAAUUGAAUAAACUGCCCGAGGAGAGGUAGGAGUUGGUGAUCCAGAAUAAAAUUUCUCUUUUUGUGGAAAUAAGUGACCCUCUAGCCUAUCUGCCAAUUCUCUACUGAGAGUUGAGACCCCUACGUAAGUAACCAAGUGCUUCCCAUCAUAGAAGAGGCUUACUGGAAAAACAGAAAAGUGGCAGAGGAAACCCACAUCAAUUUCUAUAAAAGUCACCAGUUAUAUUGAUUCUUAAAAACACAAAUGGUCAGCUAGGAAUUCCCAGACAUUGGGUAUGGGAGUUGGGAGGGUGAGAAGGAGGACCAGGGGAAAAGCAUGUCAGAAAAAUACAGCAAAUUAGGAGAUUUGAAAAAUACAACAAAUUCUGGAAGAAACAAAGUUCAAAUGGAAAAACAAAUAUAACUUUAAAAUCUAGCUAUAUCUCCAGAGAGAUCUGACAUUUUGUAAGACGAAAACAGAUUGAUACAAAGAAAGGAAAAACACUGAAAAGAAAAAGAGCCUUUUGAAAGUGAAAUAAGACUGCCAAAAAUAUUCAGUAGACAGGCUAGAAAACAAAAUUGAGGGAAUCUCCCUAGAUGUAGAGCAAAGAGAAUUAGCAGAAAAUCUGAAGAAAGGACAAUAGACAAUAAUAUCUAACCAUUAGGAGUUUCUGGAAGAGAAAGCAUAGGAAAUAUAGGUGAAAAAAAAGAAAAAGAAAAAUGAAGAACAGAAAGAACUAAGUCUCCAGAUUGAGGGGGCUCCAAUAAAACCUACACUGAGACACAAUCUUGUGAAAUUUUAGAAUAUUAAGGAUAGAGGAAAGACAUUAAAAGUGCCCAGAGAGAAAACAAAAUUAGGUCAUCAUAAUUACCUGAAAUAAAAAGGGAUGAGAAAUAGACUGGCAGCAGAUUUUUCAUCAGCAGCACUGAAAGCUAAAGGCCAAUGGAGCAAUGUCUUCACAUUUCUUAUGGAAAAAUUUUGUGCCCAGAAUUCUAUAGCAAGCCAAACUGUCAAGAGUCAAGUCAAAAUGAAGACAUUUUCUGACAUGCAAGUUUUCAAAAAGUCUAUACCUCCUUUGCACCCUUCCUGAGCAAGCACCUUGAGGAAGUUCUACAGCAAAAUGAGGAUGAGAACCAGGAAAGAAGAAGAAACAGAAUCCAGAAAACAAUGGACCUCACCCAGGAUGUGUCACUCCAAAGUGACACUUAUCCAACAGGAUGUCUCAUGCUAGAGUGACAGUUUUCCAGCAGACCCAUUUCAGAUGAGAAUGCAUAGUUCAGGCUCUCUGGGAAGAAUAUGCAUUCUAUGCCAUAGAUGGUGUCAUCGAGAAACUGGCAUGUUUGAGAGAAUAUGGAGAACAUACAUUCUUUAGCCAACAAAAGAGAAAACAAAGCAAACGUCAUGAAAUUCACAUCCAAUUAGGAAACAACAACCAAAAAAUACUCAUGGAUGGAAUGUAAGAAGAGACCAGAAUUUCACAUUGACGGUAGGUACAUUUCCUUUCAAGUGACACAGGCAUGUCAUUGGAUGUGUAUAGAAGAAAAUGCCCUAGCUUCUACUUGGCUCUCAGUAAACAGUAUGUACAUAGCCAAAAUAAUAUAGAUGUUAUUUAUCUGUACACAGUGUUCUGAUCAGCCUAUAGGCAAACCACAAAAAGCUUAAAUUUUUUAUUCCGAAAUGAAGUUGAAAAUAAUUAAUCCUGACAAGUUAAGGAAAAAGGGAGCAGAAAGAGGUUGAGAAUCAGUUGUGAGAAGAGAGCUGAAGGAAGAUUCAAAGCGGAGAUUUAAAAAAAAAAAA